GAGAAGUUGAGUCGAGUUUCUCAGUCCCUGUUCAGUCGAGCGUCUGCGCCUCCAAGAGCAGGAGCCUCCAUUCAGGCUCUGACAGGGAACCGCGAAGAUGCUUUCUGGAGUCUAUCAGUUCACACUAGCAGCACUACUAGCGCUGCUGCCAUGGCUGUCAUGUUUCAAUGUGGACGAGAAGAACAAGAUGUCAUUCAGUGGACCAGUGGAGGACAUGUUCGGAUACACCGUCCAGCAAUUUGAGAACAGUGAGGGAAAGUGGGUUCUGAUUGGAUCUCCUUUGACCGGACAGCCAGCUAAACGAACUGGAGAUGUCUACAGGUGCCCGGUUGGACCAAACAGUGACAGUAAAUGUGAGAAAUUCCUCUUGGCAGAAAACACAACAAUCCCGAACAUAAACGAAGUCAAGGAAAACAUGACUAUGGGGACGACGCUGGUGGUGAACCCAGACGGCAAUGGCUUUCUGGCGUGUGGCCCUCAAUAUGGCUACAUGUGUGGAAAGCAGCAGUACAUCACUGGCAUCUGCUCUAACGUCAGCUCCUCAUUUAAAAUCCUCAACUCCAUCGCUCCAACUGUACGAGAGUGCAGUCAGGACAUGGACAUUGUAAUAGUGCUGGACGGUUCUAACAGCAUCUACCCCUGGGAUCACAUCACUGAGUUCUUAGUCAAAUUCCUUCAGAACAUUGACAUUGGACCAGCCCGGGUGGGCAUUGUGUCAUAUGGUGAUGAAGUGGGCCACGUUUUCAACCUCAGCCAGUUCAGCAACACUAAAGACCUUGUUAAGAAUGCUGCCGAGAUCCCUCAAAAAACUGGCCACAAAACCAUGACAGCUCUCGGCAUUGAUUUCGCAAGGAAAGAGGCCUUUACAGUGGAGAGAGGAGCGAGACCAGGGGUCAAAAAAGUCAUGGUGAUCGUCACAGACGGAGAGUCACAUGAUCACCACAAUCUGAAUAGUGUCAUUGAUCAGUGUCAAGAAGAUGGCAUCGAGAGGUUUGCUGUUGCUGUCCUUGGUGAUUAUAAUCGACAGAAUAAAAGCAUUGAAGACAUAAAGAAGUUUAUAAAAGAAAUUGAAGAUAUUGCUAGCGAGACUAAGAGUGAUCAUUUCUUCAAUGUGUCGGAUGAACGAGCUUUAGUGACUAUUGUCGAUACCUUGGGAAGCAAGAUCUUUGCUUUAGAAGCCACAUCUGGGAAGCACACCUCAUCUUUUGAGAUGGAAAUGUCUCAGGCAGGAUUCAGUGCUCACACGUCUAAAGCAGGUGUCAUGCUGGGCGCUGUAGGUGCUUUCGACUGGAACGGGACUGUAGUGAUGCAAGCCGGUAACGAAUUUGUUGUUCCCAAAAAAAACACCUUCCACAACCCUUCUGUGCAGAGAUAUGAAGGCAUGGCGGGAUAUGUAGGUUAUGAUGUGCAGUCGGCGUACACACCCAACGGGGUGUUGUACAUCACUGGAGCACCACGGUUUAACCACAGCGGUCGCGUGACGGUGUACCGCUUUGAUGGAGAAAAUGUCACCAUAGUGCAGACAUUGAAAGGAGAGCAGAUCGGCUCCUAUUUCGGCAGCGUUCUCCAAACACAUGACAUCGACGGUGACAAUUACACCGACAUCCUUCUGGUCGGAGCUCCCAUGUUUAUGGGUCCCGAGCGGGAUGAACAAGGGCAGGUCUACAUCUUCAAACUCAAUGAGAGUGGGCUCUUUGAACAUGAGAUGACGCUGAAGCCGGUCAAUCAGACGUGUUGUUCAGGUCACUCCCACAACAACUGUAAAAGCGUCAGUAAGAAUGAACCCUGUGGUGCACGUUUCGGCACUGCGAUCGCUGCUGUUCCCGACCUCAACCUGGACGGAUUCAGUGACAUAGUGAUAGGGUCACCUUUGGAGAAUGACCACAGAGGAGCAGUGUAUAUUUACCACGGCUCGCAGAAAUCAAUAAAGGAGAAGUAUGUGCAGCGUAUUGCAGCUGGAGGAGAUGGAGAAAGCAUGAAGUUCUUUGGCCAGUCGAUUCAUGGCAUUAUGGAUUUGAAUGAUGACGGCAUCAUUGACGUCACUAUUGGAGGAAUAGGAGGAGCUGCACUUUAUUGGUCUCGGGAUGUUGCAGAGCUUCUCGCUGAGAUGACUUUUGACCCUAUUAAGAUCAAUCUCCAGCAUACGUGUCAAGUCCAUGGGAAGACCACCGUAUGCGUGAAGACGACAGUGUGCUUCAAAUAUCGAAUCAAGUCUGAUAAAGACAUUGACACUGAAAUUGUCAUCAGGUACAGUUUAACGCUGGACUCUCUGAGAGCGGUGGCCAGAGGACGCUUUAAUGAAACAGAUGACAGGAGGCUGCAGAAGAACGAGUCCAUCCUGAAUGAGUUUUGCAGAGAGCACACCUUCUACACGUCGGAUAAACUGGAUUUCAGGGACCCCAUUAUGGUGAUGCUGGAAUUCGGUUUAGCGGAUGAAGACAAGGGUCCAGUUUUGGAUGGAGAAUUACCCACAUCCCUCAACAAGACUAUUGCAUUAGUGGACUGUGGAAAUAAUGAGAAGUGCGUUGCUAAUCUACACCUACAAGCGUCUGCAAACAUCACAAGUCUUCUCAUAAAGAGUAACCAGGAGAAGUUUUAUGUCAAUAUCGACAUCAAGAACACUGGAGACAACGCUUAUAAUACUAAAGUUACACUGAGCCACACUGAAAAUAUCAACUAUGUGAAAGUGGAGCCCAAAGAUAAGGACUGUGAAACUAAUCAUACCAGAAUAGUUUGUGCAGUUGGAUAUCCUUUCCUUAAAACUAAGGACAGGGAAACCUUCAAAAUCCAGUUUGAGCCCAAUCCAUCUCAUAUCCGAAAGAACAUUGUUAUCAAUGUUACUGCCACCACUGAUAGUGAGCAGUCAGAUUCAGCGCUGAAAGGUAACUUUGAGACCAUCGUCAUCCCAGUGAGGCAUGAAGCCAGCCUGAGAUUCACUGCUAACAAAUAUAUGAAGGAGGAUCACAUCAUACUGAAAGAGAAGGAGACGAUACCCAGUGUUUUCAACCACACCAGUGUGAUCGGGGAUGAAGUAAAAGUCAGCUACAUGAUUGAGAAAGACCCUGACAUGCCGAGUCCUCCAGUGAAGCUCACAAUAAUGUUUCCAUAUCAAACGUCUGCUAAAAACUUUCUACUGUACCUGACAGAUGUCAGCCACACAGGGGGCAUUAAAUGUUCAGCCGACUGGAUUAACCCUUUGAAGAUUCAACCUAGCAAACCACAUACGCUGAAUACUAAAAAAGAGACCCUGAGCGUCUAUCUUUUGAGUUGUAAAGAAAAAGAAAAUCCCUGCCAGUCCUUUAGCUGCUACAUUCCUUCUGGAGACUUCAACCAGAUCAACACCACUUUCAGACUGUGGCGGCCCACCUUCAUUAAAGGAGAAUUUUCCACCAUUCACAUGGCAGUUGAUGCCAAGCUGGAGACCCAGAACACAGACUUGUUUGUGUUACAUGAAAACAUCAAAACCAGAGAGGUAAGGAUUCAAGUCACCAAAGACAUACGAACUGGAAUCCCACUGUGGAUUAUUAUCCUUAGUAUUCUAAUAGGACUUUUAAUACUGGCACUUGUUAUCUUCGCUUUAUGGAAGGCUGGAUUCUUUAAGAGAAAAUCAGUUGAAGAAAUGAAUGAAGAUAAUAAAAAAGACACUGAGUGAAGCCUGCAUUUCUGUAGCCUCCACCCCUCAGGUCAGCUUAUUCUACACUGCUAAUCCGAGAUCACUAGAAAUAUAAAGACCAGACUCAUGUAGGACAUCUGGGUUCACAAACAGCAUACUGCAGAGCAUACCAAAGAGAACUCAGCGCUUUGCUUGACAUUUUGAUUUAUCAUCAUGUGCACACUAGAAGAUUCAACUGAAUGUGAACUCAAAUGAACCUCUGAGACGCCACAAGAUUGGUGGACAUUUUGCCAAACCACGAAAGUCAAGCUUUGAAGAGCAAAGGUUCAACUAGCCUGAACUCAGCAUCCCACCAGCCACGGACCCUCAUCUAAAACCUCCCUACGGCAUUCAUCAUCAGCAUAGCGAGGAUCGGGAACCUGUCCUGGCAACAUCUACACAGUGAUCUACAGUGCUGUAAUCACAACCAUACACUUCUAUUGGCAGUAGGUUUAUAAAUGGAGCUCUAUUUCAAUAACUCACUUUUAGAGCUUGUUUUGAUGAAGCGCUGUGCAGUGGUGUUUGUUUUAUUUGUGAUAUUUGUGCAUUCCUUUUUGUUCACAAAGCAACUUUUGGCACUGACUUUUUUAUGCUUUUGGACCUCCCGGAUGAAGAGGAUAAGGUCUGUACUGUAAAUCUAAAGCUUUAAAGUGUAUAUAAAGUUGUUUUGAUUUCACUUUAAAUGAUAAUUUAAUGGCUUUAUCGUCAGUAUAAUACCUGUCUUGUUUUCUGUGGUGAAAAGCGUCUUCAUGCUUGCAGUGUUUCUCAGGUAUUCCAGAUGGGUUGCAGCGAAUGUCUGGAAACACAAAAAAUGGACUGCCAUCAAUUUUUCUUGUUUAGUAUUCGCCAUAUGUAAAUAUUAGAAAGAAUUACUUCACUAAACAAGAAAAAAAAAAGCUAAAUGUGUCAUUUAUGCACCACUAGGAGCAGCAAGUAAAACAAUGAUGAAAAUGAUUCCAAAAUACUCUCCUUUUGGUUGACUGCUCCACCCUAAACACAUGGUAUUGGUGGAGUCAGUGUUGCUGGGCUGCUUAGGAAGCUAAAACUAAUUUACAAAAUAAACAAUAAUGACUGUUUUCAAACAGGGAUCCUAAGUGCUGUCCUAUUGGUCGACUGGCCUGCCCUAAACUCACACAAUUGGUCAGCAUCGCUGUUGCUGGGAAGUAGGAAGCUCAAACAAAAAGAGCAAUGUUUUAAAAGAAACUCAGAGUUUAUACUUUUAGAAAUGAAUCUACAAAUGAUUUAAAGUGACUCUUUAUAUUAUGAUAAAACUGAAAAAAAGUAUUUUUACACUAAAACAUGACACACUUUAGCUUUAAAAAAUAUAUAUAUAAUAUAUAUAGUUAAACUAUCCAAAAUUCAAAACAUGCGACAGUACAGUCUGAGUGCCCUAACAUACAAUGCACUGGGUCUUUGAGUGGGAAGAAGAAAUAUUCAGCAUUGUUUGCAUUUUUAAGCCACUGAUUAAGCCUGUGAAACCAAAACCAAUGUUAGCUAUGUUGCUAUGCAGUUAUCAUUUUAUUUCAGGGCUUGUUUCUUUUUAAACAUAGUAACAUUAUAUCGCAAACAUUCUAUAAGCAUAUUAAAUCAUUGCGGUUUACAUAAUUUGUAGGCUGAUUACUGGAAUCAGAAUUGGCAUUUGGUUUUAAAACAUUUUGAUCGUUGUGAAGAUAUUAGCAUUUUUGCCUGACUAUUUUAAUUAAAUUUAAUUCAACUGAUAGUUGAGUUAAACACUCAUUCAUUGGUAAAUACAAAUAUUUUAUGAAAAGAAAACAAUAAAUGGAAAGAUGUGAAUGGUGAAAAGGCUUUCUUUCAUGUUCACAUGGUACUGCCUUAUGUUGUGUAGUAUUUUAUUUCAUAAUUGACAUUUCAACACAAUACAGAAUGUUUCUUUUGUUUAUUUGCUAUGUGGGUUCAAAAAGGUGUUCACAGAUUCACUGUAAUUUUGUUUUUGUCAUCUAGUUAUUUUUUUCUUACAGCUUGAAUGAGAUGUCAACCAUAAUUCUAUUGUAUAUAACAUCACAAUCAACAGCAUUUAUUCAAACACGCAAAAUUAUUUGUUUUAUGUAAAUUUGAAUAACCAAGCCUUUCUCUUUCUCUCAGAUGGAGACUCUUGGUCUUGUGCACCUGUCAGACACUCUGCUGUGAAAUUUCUAUGUAAUGCACUGGUUGUCAAAUUGUACAUACGUUUUUAGCACGGAUUUAAAAAGCCUUGCAGAUAUUGUCAAGAAAAUGUGUCCAGAAGAAAACAAAUAAAGGCUUAUUUUGUAAUUUAGACACUUCAA